GUCAAAAGCAACCGGAUCUGUGACGGAUCCAUAGCACCUCAGUCGAUUUAACCCGUCGACGCCAACUUCCAGUGCUACGCGUCACGGGGAAGAAGAGACUUCAGAGGGAAAAAAUAAACAAAAAGAAAGAGACGAGGAAAAAAAGAAGAAAAGACAAAAAAAGAAAGAAAGAGACAAGAACAAAAAUCGAAAAGAUGGCAAGUCUCAAACGAUCCCUCGACUCAGAUCCGUUAGCGGCCAACAUCUCGAGCAAGGUGUAUGUGAGGUCGACAAAGAGCGGGAAAGUCCAGAAAAUUGUGCGCGAAGUCUACCUCCGUCAAGACAUUCCUUGUUCGUCAAGACUCUGCAGGAGAUGCCGCGACACCGCCCCGAGAGAUGCCGCAGGACGACAAACCCCGUUCGUGCUCUCUGAGGCACCCGCCGGCACCAGUGUGUUCCCGCAGGGCCACUACUUGGUGCCGGAUACCAACGCCUUCCUGACGGCCAUGGAUCUCUUCGAGCAGAGCUCGGCCUUUUACGACGUCGUUGUUCUGCAGGUCGUUCUUGAGGAGCUCCGCAACCGCUCGCUGCCCCUGUACAACCGCCUGAUCAGCCUGACCAAGAGCGAGGAGAAGCGCUUCUAUGUCUUCUUCAACGAGUUCCGCCUCGAGACCCACGUCGCGCGCCAGGAGGGCGAGUCUGUCAACGACCGCAAUGACCGUGCCGUCCGCAAGGCAGUGGCAUGGUACGGCCAGCAUCUGGCCCGGAGCGGCGCAGCCAAGGUGCCCGCGGUGGUCAUGCUGAGUAACGAUCGGGAUAACCUCCGCAAGGCCAAGGAGGAAGGCAUUCCCGCCUGCUCUCUAGCCGAGUACGUCAAGCAGCUCAAGGACGCAGACACGCUCCUGGACAUGAUUCCCGAGACCGAGACCGAGGACCAGGAGACGGCCAAGGACAAGCGUCCGGGCGAGCCCCUUUACCCGGAGUACUUCACCAUGUCCAAGAUGAUGACGGGUGUGAAGAACGGCCUGCUCCACCAGGGCAUCUUCAACGUUUCGCCUUACAACUACCUGGAAGGCUCCAUCAGGGUCCCGGCAUUCCCCAAGCCGCUGCUCAUCCUGGGCAGAGAGAAUAUCAACCGCGCGAUCGACGGCGACCUGGUCGUCGUGGAGGUGCUCCCCAAGGACCAGUGGAAAGAGCCGUCGACGCGGGUGAUCGAGGAGGAUGCCAUCACCAAGAACGAGAACCCGGACGCCGAGGAGACGGCGGACAUCGUGUCGGAAAAGGAGCGCAAGGCGCUGCAGGAGGAAGUGAGGCGGACGCACAGCAAGACGACGGAGGGUCACGCUCAGCCCACCGCCAGGGUGGUCGGCGUGGUCAAGAGGAACUGGCGCCAGUACGUCGGCCACAUCGACCAGUCGUCCGUCAGCCAGUCGGCCCAACAAGGCCGCAAGCAAGAUACCGUCUUCGUCAUCCCCAUGGACAGGAAGAUCCCGAAGAUCCGCCUGCGCACGCGCCAGGUGGCAGAGCUCGUCGGGAAGAGGAUCCUCGUCGCCAUCGAUGCGUGGGACCGCAGCUCCCGGCAUCCCAUCGGCCACUUCGUCCGGUCGCUGGGCGAGCUGGAGACCAAGGCGGCCGAGACCGAGGCGCUGCUCCUCGAGUACGACGUCCAGUACCGUCCCUUUCCCAAGACCGUCCUCGACUGCCUGCCCAAGGAGGGCCACGACUGGAAGGUGCCGCAGAGCACCGACGACCCGGGCUGGCGGGACAGGGAGGAUCUCCGGCACCUGCUCAUCUGCAGUAUCGACCCGGUCGGCUGCCAGGACAUCGACGACGCCCUCCAUUCGCGGCCCCUCCCGAACGGGAACUUCGAGGUCGGCGUGCACAUCGCGGACGUGUCGCAUUUCGUCAAGCCCAACACCGCCAUGGACGCCGAGGCCAGCAUCCGCGGCACGACGGUGUACAUGGUGGACAAGCGGAUCGACAUGCUGCCCACGCUGCUGGGCACCGACCUCUGCUCCCUCAAGCCCCACGUCGAGCGCUACGCCUUCUCCGUCAUCUGGGAGCUGACGGCCGACGCGGACGUGGUGAACGUGCGGUUCACCAAGUCGGUCAUCAAGUCUCGCGAGGCAUUCAGCUACGAGCAGGCGCAGCUCCGGGUCGACGACGCGUCGCAGCAGGACGACCUCACCAAGAGCAUCCGGACCCUGAUGGCGCUGUCCAAGAAGCUGAAGCAGAAGCGGCUGGACGCGGGCGCCCUGAGCCUGUCGUCGCCCGAGGUCAAGGUGCAGACGGAGUCGGAGACGUCGGACCCGAUCGACGUCAAGACCAAGGUGCUGCUCGACACCAUGUCGCUGGUCGAGGAGUUCAUGCUCCUCGCCAACGUCAGCGUGGCCCGCAAGAUCUACGAGGCGUUCCCGCAGACGGCCAUCCUCCGGCGGCACGGGGCGCCGCCCAAGACCAACUUCGACGAGCUGGCCGACCAGCUGCGCGUCAAGCGCGGGCUCGAGCUGAGCGUCGAGUCGUCGCGCGCGCUCGCCGACAGCCUCGACCGGUGCGUCGACCCCAAGGAGCCCUUCUUCAACACGCUCGUGCGCAUCAUGGCGACGCGGUGCAUGAUGGCGGCCGAGUACUUCUGCUCGGGCACGCAGGCCUACCCGGAGUUCCGCCACUACGGCCUGGCCAGCGAGAUCUACACGCACUUCACGUCGCCGAUCCGGCGGUACGCCGACCUGGUCGCCCACCGCCAGCUGGCCGCCGCCAUCGGGUACGAGCCGGUCCACCCGGCCGUCCGCAGCCGCGGGCGGCUCGAGGCCGUGUGCAAGAACAUCAACGUGCGCCACCGCAACGCCCAGCUGGCCGGGCGCGCCAGCAUCGCCUACUACGUCGGCCAGGCCCUCCGCGGCCGCGCCGCCGAGGAGGACGGGUUCGUGCUCAAGAUCUUCAGCAACGGCUUCGUCGUCCUCGUGCCCCGCUUCGGCAUCGAGGGCCUCAUCCGCCUCCGCGACCUCGCCGACCCGGAGCCGGCCGCCGAGUACGACGCCGAGACGUACACGCUGCGCACCCGCGGCAGCAGGGAGGUCACCGUCGAGCUGUUCCAAAAGGUGCGCGUCCGCGUCACGGACCAGAAGGACGAGGCCACGGGCAAGAGGGGCGUCAAGAUGGAGCUCAUCAGCGUUUAUUGAGUGACGCCUCGGUGGUGGCCGCCCCCCAACCCCCCCCUCCACCCUUUCAAACAUGCCAGGGAGUCGUGAACAAGGGAAAACACACAUGAGAGGAGGAUUGAUGAUAUGAUAUAUCGAUCUAUCCUGUCUUUUGGGGGGGGGGAGUUGGCGUGGGUGUGGGAUGUUGUUAGUUUUGCUAUGCACAUUGAGAGGGCAAGGCCAGGUUUUUUUUUUUCUGUUCUGUUCGAAGGGCCGGAAGAAGAGAAAAAAAGGAAAGCAAUCAAAACAAAUCC